UUGCGUCGUCGCUCGUCACACGCACGCGCACCGUGAUCUCUGUCAGCUGACUUCCUGUCUGAGGGAGGGACUGCUGCGGCUAGCGUCCCGCUAAUCCUUCAGAUCCCGAAAAACACCAAGGAGAGGAAACGGUACAUUCCGCGCCGAUCCGUGCGGACACUAAGUAGGAGGAGGUCCCACCAUGGAAUGUGAGGUCUGAGGGGCAGCCACCAUGAUCGGAGGACUGUUCAUCUACAACCAUAAAGGGGAGGUGCUCAUCUCCCGCGUCUACCGUGAUGAUAUUGGACGCAAUGCAGUGGAUGCGUUCCGCGUGAACGUGAUCCACGCCCGUCAGCAGGUGCGCUCCCCCGUCACCAACAUCGCCCGCACCAGCUUCUUCCACAUCAAACGCUCCAACAUCUGGCUGGCUGCUGUCACCAAGCAGAAUGUCAACGCCGCUAUGGUGUUCGAGUUCCUCUACAAGAUGUGUGACGUCAUGACGGCUUACUUUGGGAAGAUCAGCGAGGAGAAUAUCAAGAACAACUUUGUGCUGAUCUACGAGCUGCUGGAUGAGAUCCUGGACUUUGGAUACCCACAGAACUCAGAGACCGGAGCACUGAAGACUUUUAUCACCCAGCAGGGCAUCAAGGGCCAGCAUCAGACUAAGGAGGAGCAGUCUCAGAUCACCAGCCAGGUGACGGGGCAAAUCGGCUGGCGUCGUGAAGGCAUCAAGUACCGCCGCAACGAGCUCUUCCUGGAUGUGCUGGAGAGCGUCAACCUGCUGAUGUCUCCACAGGGUCAGGUCCUGAGCGCUCACGUCUCCGGUCGGGUGGUGAUGAAGAGCUAUCUGAGUGGGAUGCCUGAAUGCAAGUUUGGCAUGAAUGACAAAAUCGUCAUUGACAAACAGGGGAAAGGAGGAACCACUGACGAUCCCGGGAAAAGUGAGUUAGGGGGAAGUGGGAAACAGUCCAUAGCUAUCGACGACUGCACUUUCCAUCAGUGUGUGCGUCUCAGCAAGUUCGACUCGGAGCGCAGCAUCAGUUUCAUCCCUCCUGACGGGGAAUAUGAGCUCAUGAGGUAUCGCACCACUAAGGACAUAAUCCUGCCCUUCCGGGUCAUUCCACUGGUUCGAGAGGUCGGUCGCACAAAGCUGGAGGUCAAAGUUGUCAUCAAAUCUAAUUUCAAGCCCUCACUCCUGGCACAGAAAAUAGAGGUGCGUAUUCCUACGCCUCUGAACACUAGUGGAGUGCAGGUGAUCUGUAUGAAAGGAAAAGCCAAAUACAAGGCCAGUGAGAAUGCCAUCGUGUGGAAGAUCAAACGCAUGGCAGGAAUGAAGGAGUCUCAGAUCAGUGCUGAGAUCGAGCUGCUGCCCACUAAUGAUAAGAAGAAGUGGGCCCGUCCUCCCAUUUCCAUGAACUUUGAGGUUCCGUUUGCUCCCUCGGGGCUGAAGGUGCGUUACCUGAAGGUGUUCGAAUCUAAACUCAACUACAGUGACCACGAUGUGAUUAAAUGGGUGCGAUACAUCGGACGCAGCGGAAUCUACGAGACGCGAUGCUAAUGAGCCGCUGAGCAGAGGGACCAGCUCUUACUCUCCUAUAAAUAUAUGAUGUUUCCCUCCUUCCUUCUCCUCAAGAUUUCUGGAUUAAUUAAAAAGGCUACUUACAAAAAUAUGCAAAAUGUGAAAUGUAGUUAAUUGUAUGUGUUUGUACGAGUGUUGUAAUGAACAGAUCCAGUGGAGGGCAGUGGGUAGUGCAGUGUGUGUCGUCAGUCAGUUAAACCCCAGCUUCCUGUUCACUGUAGUCAGUCUUACGGGGAUCACUGUCCAGUUUGUCGUUGGCUAUUCUCCCAUAUGUCAUACUCUCAGUAUCUUCUUGCUAUCUCUGUGACCGUUUAGUUCAAUAUAAAUAUAUAAUGGGAAAAAAAACAUUGUGUUGGAGUGUAUUUGUCUUUUGAAGACUCCUUUUUCUUCAGUUAACAUAUCACAUGUCCAGUGUUGGGUACUGACUAUUAAAUGUCAUCUGGAUUAUGUAAUCCGAUAUUAUAUUUCAAAA